AUGGAGUUGGCGAUGCAGCAGGACCCUUCUCAGCUUCAAAAUCAACAGCAGCGAUCCGGAGCGCAGUCUCAACCGCCAGUAGUGGUGGCGGAGAGGCUGAAUUCGGCGGUGCAGCAGCAGCUGAAUUUGGAGUCUGUCAAGAUCCGAGCUAUCAGUCUCUACAAAGCCAUCUCUCGCAUCCUCGAAGACUUUGACGCCUACGCUCGCACCAACACCACUCCUAAAUGGCAAGAUAUUUUGGGCCAAUAUUCAAUGGUGAACCUUGAACUUUUCAACAUUGUGGAUGAGAUUAAGAAGGUCUCCAAGGCUUUUGUUGUACAUCCGAAGAAUGUUAAUGCAGAAAAUGCUACAAUACUACCUGUUAUGUUGUCCUCAAAAUUACUACCAGAGAUGGAAAUGGAGGAUAAUGUAAAGAGAGAGCAGUUGCUUCAGGGAAUGCAGAACCUGGAAGUAUCUGCACAGAUUGAGAAGUUAAAGACUAGAAUAGAUAUGAUUGCUGCAGCUUGCGAAAGUGCUGAAAAAGUCUUAGCUGAUACUCGCAAAGCCUAUCAAUUUGGUACACGUCAAGGUCCAACAAUCAUUCCGACAUUAGACAAGGGGCAGGCUGCAAAAAUUCAUGAACAGGAGAACCUUCUUAGAGCUGCUGUAAAUUCUGGUGAAGGCCUAAGAAUACCUGUAGACCAGAGGCAGAUUACAUCAACACUUCCAGUUCAUCUGGCUGAUAUGGUUCCUGUUAAUGAUAGUGUCGGCGUACAUGGUUUUCCUGAUUCUGGUGGAAUGUAUAUGAAAAGUACUCCUCCUAUGUCAUCCAAUAACAUCGGCAAUCAGGGGCCUUUGCUGCAGCAUGCUUCCGGUACCCCACUUAUGGCAAGAUCAGCUGCAUCUCCCUCCACUGCUACAAGUGCUACAUCCUUUGAUAACACAACGACUUCCCCUCUGCCAUAUUCUAACUCCCCCAGGUCUGGUACAAACAUGAUGAAUACUCCUUCUCCUCAACAACAAAGUCAACAGCAGCAUCAGCAACAACAGUUGCAGCAGCAAAGACAAAAAAUAAUGCAGUUACCUCAGCAUCAGCAGCAACUCAUUGCCCAGCAAUUGAGGCAUUCUUCUAUGCAGGGCCUCGGGCAGAUGCAAUUUUCUCAGCCAAUGGGGCACCAGCAAUUCCAGAGCAGGCAGCUGGCUGCUGGUCAUGUUCAGCAUGGAAUGGGUCAGAGCCAACUUGGUCAAGGGAAUCAGUUAAAUCGUCAUAUGACUCAGUUUGCUGGCACUGCUAAUACUGCAUUGUUCAAUGCUGCUCAAGGAGCACCGAGUACCCAGAUGAUUCCAAAUAUAUCAGCUACAAUGUCAUCGCAGCCGCUUAUGCCACGUAUGCAGUUUGGACUUGCUGGCACUAAUGCUCAGAGGCAUGCAUCUCAAAUUCUGAAUGAUCAAAUGUACAAUAUAGGUGUUUCAAAUCCCGGUAGCAUGAUGCCCAUACAGCCACAGCAGCAGCAGCAACAGCAACAGCAGCAGCAACAACAGCAGCAACAGCUUGGUUCACAAGGAGCUUUCGGUAAUAUGGCACCUACUGCUCAGAAUUUACAGCCUAAUAUGGUAGGUCUUCAAAAUGUCACUCAGAAUCACUCCAAUUUCACCCAACGACAGCAAAAUCAGCAGCAGUAG